GUCUUUCAGAAUUCAGUCUCCUGGCAUAGCCCAUCCUGAUGGCGGGGAACAAAGGAAGAAGGCGGGCUGCCUACACCUUUAACAUGGAGGCCGAGGGCUUCAGCAGAGGUGAAAAGCUGCCUGACGUGGUGCUGAAGCCACCCCCCGUGUUUCCCGAUACCGAUUAUAAGCCAGUGCCACUGAAAACAGGGGAAGGUGAAGAUUACAUGCUGGCCUUGAAACAGGAGCUGAGAGAAACAAUGAAAAGGAUGCCUUAUUUCACUGAGCCGCCCGGAGAGAAGCAAGACAUUGAAAGGUACAGUAAAAGAUGUAUGAAGGUAUACAAAGAAGAGUGGAUACCAGAUUGGAGAAGAUUUCCAAGAGAGAUGAUGCCAAGGAAAAAAUGCAAAAAAGCGAGCCCAAAAUCCAAAAAGGAGAAGGCUACUGGCCAAGGCACUGCCCUCACUAGUACUGCAGACGUCUUGAAAAAAAUCGAGGAACUGGAGAAGAGAGGCGACAGUGAGAAAUCAGAUGAGGAAAACGAAGAGAGAGAAGGCAGCAAAGAGAAGAGUAAAGAGGGCGACGAUGAGGACGAUGAAGAAGCUGCGGAGCAGGAGGAAUACGACGAAGAAGAGCAGGAGGAGGAAAAUGACUACAUUAACUCAUACUUCGACAACGGAGACGAUUUUGGCGUAGACAGCGACGACAACAUGGAUGAAGCAACCUACUAACCGUGAAGUUCGUCAGAAAAUGUUCUUAGGAUGCAGCUUC